AUGGCAGAGACUACCAACACAACUCCCAAGCCCAUCCACACAAUUGUGUUGGACGCGGGUCCGAUUCUCAAAAAUACCCCGCCACUCUCGACCCUCCUCGCGCAAUGUGAAGAAAUUAUCACCACCCCCUCCGUAGUGGGCGAAAUUCGCGACCCCGAUGCCCGCGCGCGUGUCGAGACUCUAUACCUGCCUUUCCUGAAGCAGCGCACACCCACCCCGCACAGCUUCAACAUCAUCAGUGAAUUCGCUCGCAAGACCGGUGACCGAACUGUGUUGAGUCGAGUCGAUAUUGAGAUCCUCGCUCUUGCAUACGAACUUGAAUGCGAAAAGAACGAAGGUGAUUGGAGAUUGAGAAGUGUUCCUGGUCAGAAGAGGAUCAACGGCAAGCCUCCUGUGAAGGAAGAGCCCAAGGAAGAAACCGAGGAAGCCCAACCUGAGUCCGAGUCUGCAACUGUCGAGGCUAUCACAGAGGGAGUGAAGGAGACUGUGAUUGAGGAGAACCAAGAAAAGACUAAGGAGGAUGAGCCCAAGGAGGAGGAGACAGUCCCCGCAUCUAACGAGGACGUUGAGAUUCUUGCCGCUGAGGAACAGGACCCAGAUGAGCUUGCGGAUGAUGCCGAUUCCGACGGCGGCGAGUGGAUCACACCCACCAACUAUAAGAAACGCCUGGCAGAGGAUGAGUCUGGAUCUGGAUCUCUUACGGCUGCACCGAAGACGAUGCAAGUUGCGACCAUGACCACUGAUUUCGCCUGUCAAAACGUUCUUCUUCAGAUGAACCUCAACCUUCUGUCUACUACCACGUUGCAGAAAGUCCAGCACCUCAAAACCUUCAUCAAGCGCUGCCACGGCUGUUUCUUGACCACCAAGGACAUGACCAAGCAGUUCUGCCCUCGCUGCGGCAAAGACACAUUGACCCGUGUCUCUUGCACUACUACUGCCAAUGGCGCAUUCACAAUGCAUCUGAAGAAGAACAUGCAGUGGAACAACCGCGGCAAUGUAUACAGCGUCCCCAAGCCCAUCGCAGGCAGUGCGAACGGCAAGUGGAAGGGUGGUGGUGGCAAGGGAGGAUGGGGCACAGAGCUCGUUCUCGCCGAAGACCAGAAGGAGUUCGUCCGUGCCAACGCUGAAGAGGAGCGCCGGCAGCGCCGCGAGCGCGAUAUCAUGGACGAGGACUACCUUCCUGGCAUCCUGACCGGCGAGCGCAACAAGACUGGCGGCCGUAGCAAGGUCGGCGCUGGGCGUAAUGUCAACUCUAGAAAGCGCUAA